UUAUUUAUGGUUCAAAUGAAGCUGUCCAGGCGUGGCUGAGUAUAUUGUGAGCUCUGAAAAACGAGCUUUAUUACGAUGAUGUUCGUCCCCAGCAAACCACGAAUGUCCAGGGGACAUCCGUACUAAGUCCCGAACGUCGCAAAUAUCCGAAUAUCCCGGUGACGUCCUACGGAUAUCACAAAGCGACAUUCGCGUAGGGGAAUGUCCAGUCUAUGUCCGAAGCUGGACGUGCCGUGGAUAUUCGUUUGAUACUUUCCUAGCACCGCAUAUAUUUCUCUAAUGUGGAAAAGUUGGUGUGCUUUUGUUCCCUUUUUUGGCAGAGCAAUAUAAGAAGUCAUAACUGUGCGGGGGAGAUAUAUUUAUUCGAACAAAGAAAAAGGAUGGAAGGGGUCUUAAAUAUAUUUUCGUUCGUGCUUAUAUCCGUGCACGUUUCAAAUGCGCGAGCACGAACUUCGUUAUCAAUUCAAAGCCACACCUCUCAAGAACGUUUGCCUAAUUCUGUCGUUGUUUUAUUAUUCCAACACAAAAAUCCAGGCAUGAGACGGUCAACCAUAUCUCGCACUGGUUCAAUAACCUAGUGCACUCUCGCGCACACGUUAAACCUAGGGUUCUUCACGCUCACACAAAACUUCAACGCGCGGUUUGAUCUUUGUAGCGGUACAGCACGCAUCACGUUCGUGUGGUAUUGCAUAAAUGUCCUGAGCAGGACUGGAUGGGUAAGAAAUCCUGUUCAUGUUGAAGUUUGGGUAACACGCCGCGAACAACAACUGUAGUACUGGCAACUGGCCGCGGGCAGCCAUCAUAGGUGACGCCAAUGAUGAUCACCACGGACAGUUUGUUUUAAUGCAGCUCGAAAACAGCACUCGUUUUUUAGUACACUCGUACUAAUACAUUUGCGUUCGUGGUUUGAUAGCGGCGAAGAAUUUUAAUGUUGUUCACACUCAUCGCCGUGGCGGCGUCGCGAUCGCUGCUUUCCGCUGCAGGAAUCCCCAAUCGUAUCCAAAGCAAGUCUGUAUUCCUGCAACUUGCGAUACCGAGCUGCCGGCGUCUCGGUUUGAAACGUAAAACGUAAGUACCACUAAAAAGGUGACUGAUUUUCUGUGUGUCAGUAUGAAGACUCAUCGUAGUUUCUUUUGCAGCACCGGUAAAACACGGUGAAUCAUGAAGCCGGCAAACACUUUGUACGCGAUCGUACACUUUCUGGACCGUGGAGAGGUGGACAUUGUGCCUUGUGCGUGGCUCUGUGGCGACAUGUGUACAUGGCCGUCACUCCCAACGCGAACCGUCGAGAAAAUGAUCAAAAAGGGAGUGCCACCUGGGGACAACUGUACCGAGAUACCUGUUAGUGUGAAGGGCGUGUUUGUGGGCUGGAAUGCAGCCAGGAAGAUGCUGCCCCGCGCAGUGGACAACUCUGACUUAAAUGAUGCAGAUGAGUUGCCUGCGAAACGUGUGAGGCGUCCCAAAGUUAUUGACAGUGACGAUGAUUUCCCCCCUGUGCCUUGCACCUUUCAAUCACAAAGCAGGACAGGUCGAGGGACAACUGCCGGUGUCUCCGGAGACACAGACAGACAGCAGCUUGAAGGGGGUGAACCUUUGACUACGCAUGCUACCAGCAACUGCGGCGACGAGAGUAGCAACAUCCCACCGCCUGUGUCACUCAACCAUCGUACUAGGGAUAUCCGGAUUGUAGAUGUGGCUUCAGAACCUUCCCCCCCUCCCUCCAGCAGUUGGUCACAGUAUUCUGCCACUGCUGUCAACUCCGCACCUGUUUCUGCAAGUCAAUCCAGGUCGUCCUCAUGCUGCAGCGACACAGUGCCUUUGCCUGGAGAGCACCAACAGUGUCGCCCCUUCAGUACACGUGAUUCACUACGCGAAGAUAGGCAAUGUAGCCCCCUGGCUCCAUCACGCAGCUUGGUGCGUGCGGCUGAACUCAACAAAGAUGGUCCAGCACCACUUGCUUCCGAGAGAGGCUUCGAAGCAGGUGCAUCACUGAGGCGCGCUCAUGCAGCUCCUGGUCACGCUAUGCCAGAACACGAAUUUCAACUCCAGGUCUUACGAAGCCUAAAUGUUAUACGUCUGGCCGUACAACAACAAAGUGAUUUGCUAUCACAACUGACGCCGCCUUCAAGGGACCCUGUCGGUGAUGUUCAGCAGCUUGUCGCACAACCAUUCAGUCGUAUUGAAGACUUCGAGCAGUUUGAGAGCACAUUAACCCCCGCCCUGGAGAAACAAUUUGUGCAAGAGCUGACACUCCUAGGUGGAGCUACACCUAAGGCCGCCGUUAAGCGGAUCCUGGAAUACGUUAUGACCGACCAGGUCGCGGAAAAAUACAGCUGGGAAGGACGUAAGGGGAAGAAUGUGUUCCGCGACCUUCGUCUACCUAACAUUAUGAUGCGUGCUGUUCACGCGCAAAAACAGCUGUCAAAGUGCACGAACUACGACCUAGAAAAGGCUACAAAGGACUGGCUUCGUCACUCAGCCGACAGACUCAAGCGGGUUGCGGAUUGAACCUUCACCAUGCCACACACAGCACGCGACACAGUGCUUUAACCUGUACUCAUUCCUUCAAAUGAAGCAUCCGCCAGCCAGCAGGUUGCACAUCAUAUUUCCAUAUGCAUUAUAUAUAUAUAUUCUGAUAUUAUGAGGUGUGUACACGAAAUAAACAAUGUCUGAGGCUUAAGAUCCGUUGUGCCAUUUAUUGAAGUAAGAAAAUUAUGUAAUUUUAAAGAAAAAUGCAUGAUUUAGCAAAGUCCUAUUUAUGUCUCAAAUCCUGUGAUUGACGUUCCAUGGAUGUUCCUGGGACAUCCGUUUUGGG